UGGCAGAUCUUCUCCACCGGCACGUGCACGGACAGAGGCCGGGCGACGGACGCCGUGACGCGGGUCGCUGCAUCGCUGCUGGCCCCCAGACUACUUUCUACAAGAACACGGCAGGCACAGACGCAGUCUGAGGCGAUGGUCAGUCAGUCCGCGGCAGAAGAUGAGUUUGGUUUCAGUGGGGACCUCGUCCUACCACUGUGGAAGCCAGGACGCUUGGCAGUCCCAAAGCAGGUGGAUAUGGGACAGGUGAUGUCAGCAGGCCUAUGGAUGAGAGAACACUGUAUUAUUUAUGGGAGCAGUGCUUGACUGCUGUGAUGAUAUUGGAGUCACCAGGCUUUAUGAAGACGUUCUCCCAUUGCAUCUGUCUUCAUCCAGAAUAAACAGGAGAAAACCACGUCGUGGUCGGAGCUCCCUCGGCACUGCAAUGAAACGUGCUGCAGUUGCAGAAUAAACGGUUUGCAUAAAGUUGAGUUAUAAUUUAUACAGAUAACAUGAAACAGUUACCAGCUUGCAGAUUCACCGAAUGCCUUUUUCUGUUGCGAUGCUGUUUACAGUAAACACCUUCAUCCGCCACUGGGUAGCAGUAGCGGCGCCAAAGAAUUAUGAUCGCGGGAGCUAUGGGGGAAUAACCUGACUCGCCAGGUGAAUUUCGUUCUACCUUAGGUGGAACAAAAUGCAUCUGGCAGGCAAGAGUCAGUUUCAUGGGGGAAUGCCUGUUGUUACAGUGAAAAGUUGUUUUCAUUAUGAUAUUAUAUAAAUUAUAGUUAUUAUUAUCCACGACUGAAGGCUAAUUUGCUUAGCCUUGGAACGUUAAAAAAAUAAAUCGCUGAUUUGUGAUUGGUUGCAAGGAGGAGAUGUGGCUGGCCGCCUUUCAUAUGUUUAACAUGGGAUGGAUGAUUUACCUCGCAACAGUGAAACUGAAUUGUGAUUGGUUAUUUUUUAUUCUCUUUGCCUCCCUUCAGUGGCCAGCACCGGACGUAACAUAGUCAGAGUAACUUCGGCCAGCCUCCUGCCUUGCAAAGGCACUUGGCAAUUUUUUCAAAAUUGUUAACAUUUUCAUGUAAUUAAAAAAUAUAUAUUUUUAGAAUAAUUUCAUCAUCACGCAAAUCUUUUUAAAUCACGAGGCUGCGUUGCAUCCGUUGCCUCUAUUAAGGAACCGCCCCUGACGACGUCACACGGUUGGCUUCAGAUAACCUAUAGUAUCUGUCUGCGUCCUGCAAGACGGAGGCAACUUGUAGUAGGAGGCGUAACUUGUACUAGGAGGCGUAGCUUGUUCUUUUCUAAAUCGCGGUCCACGCGAGAUCUUUCUAUUUUCGCGGUAAACAAAAAGCGUUGUAAAUCACGGUUCACACGAGAUCUUCAUUGAAGUCUGGUCUUCCAAUAUUCAUGACGGUAAGUAAAUUUAAGGCCUAAUAUUUGAGGUCCGAGUUGCGGUCAUUUAUGUACCUGCGCACCACUGCUACAUAGCCUACAGAUCACUUUCGCGAUUUAGAAAAGUACUAGACACGCCUCCGACUACAAGUUACGCCUCCGACUACAUGUUACGCCUCCUAGUGCAAGUUACGCCUCCUCCGACUACAAGUUACGCCUCCUACUACAAGUUACGCCUCCGUCUUGCAGGACGCAGACAGACCCAACUCCAGAUAAGCCCGGCCUGUGGCACGUGACGCAUGAACGGCGCGCGAUUUUUGAGCGAGAGGGACAUGAACGGCGGCCGUAUUAUUCGCGCAGUUUCAUUUGGACGGGAUUGUAUCUCACAGCGGAUCCGGUGAGCCAAUGAACAUAAGAAGUUAUGGCUAAAUCCAAAGGAUCGAUGGCUUUCCUGGAAGGUUAUAUUCUGCCGGAUAAGGACCAGGAUGAAGCGGCGAGCGGCGACGACUGCGAGGGGGACGGCGAGGAGGACACGACCACAGAGUUCCUCGACAUGGAGGUGAUGUCCGACACUAACUCAAAGACGGCGUGGAUCAACCAGUCGCCGGGGCCGCCCAAGCGUAAAGUCCGAUUCAAGACGUUCAGUGGAGAUGAGUUCCGGGUGACGGGCCGUUUUGCCCUGAGCGCCCCCUGGUGGCACAUCACCUGCCGCACACAAGGCUCCAAGAAGAACUUGACCGUAAAGGGCUCUGCUUGGUACACGAUACGCACAGACCUGGACAAAGACGGAUGGAGGCCCAUUGUAUCCCUGUUUCUGGUGGCGUGCAACGUGACAGAUGUUUCAAUCCAACCGUUCUUCGAGUGGUUGCCCAAGGAACGCCUCAUUACCAUUCUGAACUUAUUGGAGGUCCUCACUGAGUUUGGGGACACAGACCCCCUGGCGCAGAAUAUCAUUCAAUGCGUUUCAUCCUCAGAUGAAUACAGGGGGAUGCAGGCGUCCUCUUCCUACCCCUUGGUUAUGAAAUACUUACCGGUACUUUUACCGCGGCAGUUUGACGCUCUGCUUUCCUCCGCUAGUAGCGAGGACGUGGAUAGUCUAUUGGCCAAACUAGAAGACAUCAUUGAAAAUGAUGUGUGGAAGUUAGGGUUUUCUGAGGUUAUGCAUAAAGAACUAAAGUUGCGCUGCGAGGCCAAACUCAACGCGUUCGAAGAUUGCGGCUUGCUCGAGACGCUGCCGCGUCUUCAGCACAACGCCCUGUCGGUGUACGAUGAGGUGAAGAGGUUCUGUGCGAACACCGGCAGCACCUACAUGGAAAAGGACAAACUCUGCAACAAUUUGAGAAAAAAAUCCCAUAUACCUGACGAACAGGUGUGGGAUACUCUCCCGUUCCUCAAGGAACUGGGGGUGAUGAUGUGGGACAGACAGAAAGUCGUGCUUCGAACACAUCACAAGUACGAAUCGGGCAUCGCAGACUGCCUGCGCCAUCUUGUGGACGCCAAGCAGUGGACGAUUCCGAUAAACGCUCAGGAGGUUUUGUACGCUCACGCCCAGAAGAUUCGGAUCGCGAAAGAUCCAACGAUGGAUCCCUCGACCCUUUCCCCCGUGAAGGUGGACCCGGACCAGCUGCUGGCGGCCCAGAUGAUCUGCUCGGACCCGGUGACUGUCAUCAGCGGCUGCGGCGGCUGUGGCAAAACCACGGUGGUCAGCGAGCUGUUCCGGGCGGCGGUGGAGAAGGGACGCCCCGUCUCGGCGUGGGAGUACGCCGAUGCCUUCGAAGACACCGAGGACCCCCGGGAAGACCCCGGAGAACACAAGAAGGGGCCCUUCUACGGAGAUGAGUCUGGAGAGGACUCCCCAGGAUGUCAGUGUGGAUGCUCUGUGGGGGGCCGAGCGGGACAGAGCGGAGGGUACCAAGACCCCGGACACCUUCCUGGAACGUCCGACGAGGGAGAGGAGGAGGAGGAGGAGGAUAUGGAGGAGGAAGAGGAGGAGGAGGAUAUGGAGGUGGAGAGGCAGGACGAUAAGCUUUUGGAAAAGCAGAUCCUUUUGACCGCCCCCACUGGUCGGGCAGCAUCUCUGCUGACGAAGAAAACAGGCUUCCAAGCCUACACCAUGCAUCAGGUGAUUUGGAAGUUCAAUAAUGCAGAAAAAAAAAGAAAAGAAAAUGGUGACGGAGAGUUGAAUUGGGAGUUCGAGUCGGUGCGCGUCUUGGUGCUUGAUGAGGGCAGCCUUGUGCCGGUUGGUCUCCUGCACUCCGUCCUCUCCAAGCUCAUCAGCCACGCCGAGCUCCAGAAGUUCAUCCUCUUGGGCGACGUGAAGCAGCUGCCCAGCAUCCAGCCAGGGAGCGCCCUAGAGGACCUCUUCUCCAGCCUAAAUUCGGUCAAAUACAACGUGGAGAUGAGGAACAACCACCGCUCAGAGUCCGAACUCAUCGUCCAAAACGCGAAGCGAAUUGCCGCCAUAGGGAUGGGUCAAAGCUCUGAGCCGUUGGAGUUUGACCACGUCGUGAACCUUCCCGGGCCGUUCAACAUACCCCCCGGCAAAAAGUUCAUCCACAUCUGUCUCCCUGCCCGCAAGGGCGAUGACGAUCUACAAAAGGCGGUCAAAUGGCUGAUGGGCUCAGCACCUGGGUUGGAUGAUGAUACAAAAUCUCAAUUCAUUGCAUACAGAAGGGCGGAUGUUGACUUGAUCAAUGAACUCUGUUGUACCCACUAUAAUGAGCACACAACCAAAGAUCAUAAGGGCAAGUUUAAGUUUCAGCCUGAAGACAAAGUCUGUGUCACCAAGAAUGCCCUUAUUGGUCAGGAGGACGCUAAAGCCCAAAGACAUCCUGGAGAUGAUGAUGAUAAAAACCUCAGACUCUGCAACGGAGAGAUAUUCUUCAUCAAUGAGGACAACACAGAGGUGGACCACCGUGGCCGAAAGAAGCGCUUGCUGACCCUCGACGAGCGGCCGGGCCGCGUCAUCAAGGCCAAGUACCGGGCUCUGCUGGGGAGCUGCAAGCUGCGCCACGCCUGGGCCAGAACCAUCCACACCUUCCAGGGUUCCGAGACCGAAACGGUCGUGUACGUGGUGGGCACGGGCGGCUUCCAGAACUGGAGGACCGUGUACACGGCCGUCACCAGGGGCCAGAAGCGUGUCUACGUGGUCUCCACCGAAGAGGGGCUCCAGGCGGCCAUCAAGCGGAAGCCGGACCCCCGGCUGACGCGCCUCGCGGGCCUGGUCAAGGAGAAGGUGGUGCAGAUGGUUCAGGAGUCCCCGCGACUCCAGCGCGACCGACGCGGAUCGCCAAGGUCCACGCCCCAGUGGUCCACGCCCCAGAAGGCCACGCCCCAGAAGGCCACGCCCCAGAGGACCACGUCCCAGAAGGCCACGCCCCAGAGGUUCACACCCCAGAGGUUCACGCCCCUGAGGACCACGCCCCUGGUCCCGCCGCGGCAGACUCCCGACACCAAGACGAUCGUUAAGCGCCUGUGGGGGGCGGGAGGCCCGGUGGAGGCUCCAGCUGGCUCGCCCGUGAAGGAGAUCGUUGACGACCAAACGGGAAAUGCCCGCAUCGGGGCAGCAGCAGCAGCCAAGACGGUGUUCGAAUUAUUUUCUACUCCCAGAAAGAAAACAAAGAUGCAGCAGCAGGUGGGCAUGGUCCCGGGGGCAGGCGGCGUGGCGACGGGGCCCAGCUUGCGCCCGGAGAAGCGCAAGCUGAUCCUGCAGCUGGUCCUGCUUCUGCACGCGCAGAAGUGCCAGCGACGGGAGCAGGCCAACGGGGAGGUGAGGGCCUGUACCCUCCCCCACUGCCGCACCAUGAAGAACGUCCUCAACCACAUGACCCACUGCCAGACUGGCAAGUUGUGCCAGGUGGCUCACUGUGCGUCGUCCAGGCAGAUCAUCUCCCACUGGAAGAACUGCACGCGGCACGACUGUCCUGUCUGCCUGCCGCUGAAGAACGCCAGUGACAAGAGGAACCAGCAACUAUGUCGAUUCAGCGAUGGACUGCACCAAGCUCCAGCCACCCUCCCAUGAUAGCCCAAUGCACGACCCCGUGACGGCCAAAAGGCCCCAGUCACCCAAGUGACAAACUACACGGACCCAAUCAAUCCUUCGAUUGGAUCAGACGAUGGGAAGAGCGACAAUGGUUGAGGAGCGUAUUCACCGUUCAACAGUUGGAUACGGUUUCGCCUCGUUCUGUUUGAACCCCCCUCCCUGCCAGAGCCCUGUCUCUGACCCCCCCACUGUUAGUUGAUGACACCUUCACCUUGCCCCUGCCAGAUCUCCGCCUCCGACCUUAGGGAAUCAGACACUAAAUAUAUUCCGCCUUCUUCCUGUUUGUUAUCCACCUCUCUGCCAGACCUCUGUCUCUAUCUCCCCCACUACUCUUCAGGAGUUGAUCAUAGAAUUGAUAAGGAUUCCCCUUCAUCCUGUUCUCCUGCCAGACCUGUCUCUAGCCCCCUGUUGUUCUUGAAGGUACUAAUCACCGGAGCCGAUGAGGGGUUUGUAUGGGCAUCGAAUUUGUUUUGUCUGACAAUCCAACAUCAGAUCCCCUGCGGACCAACAAGCCUGGGCGGCUUGUGAUUGGCUUGAUUUAAAUAAUGGUAAACCAAUAGGAAUCAGUGGGUUACAUAUUUUUGUUUGUGAACAGGACAGUUGGAAAUAAUAACUGACAACUGUGUUUCGUUAUGAAGAUAAGAGUGGUGGUGGAGCACAGAGUACUGGCUCUCUUUUUUCUUUUAACACUGAGCAAGCCAGGUGUUAAUAAGAGGGCUACAUAAUCUGAACUUCUUCACAAUCCUUAGGAUUGAGCAUCAUUGUCUAUUCAAACUGUAAAUCAGUGUCAACUGUAUCGCAUCACUACGUUCAUUAUUGUGUUCCUUUUUUUAACCAUUUGUAUUAAUUUUCGUCAGUUUAGUUGGUGAAUCAUUUCAACUUGUAAGACUAUGUUAGAUGGUCAUUAAUUACAUUUUGAAACCGAAUAUUGAUAACUAUCAUUGCUCAAUACUUUUUAUGCUGAAUCAUGUGCUUCAUGCUCAUCUCCACGUAUGUGGAGAUGGUGGUAUAAGGGUUUAUAUUAAUACUAUAGACAAACGGGAAGUAUGUGCAAUUUGAUGUAUACUUAUACAUCCAAUUAAUGAAACGGGAGGCUACUGCAUGAAGCAAUCUAAUUUAUUUGUCGAUGAGUAAAAAUCUAAACUGGACUGACUGGAAGAUACUGGAGAUGUAAAAUAAACCAAAAAAUGAUAUGCAACCAAUAAGAUACAAACAGACUGUCUCUCUCAACUUGAGGAUUCCCGUCUUUGUUGCUACCACCAAGUCUGGUCUUAAUAGUAGUUGGAGACCAACACAAAUUCUGAAGUUGUUUUCUUAUUUCAAGGUCUUUGCGUUUCUAGAAUCAUUUUCAAAGGGAUGAGCAAAUUAAGUGUGUUUAUUGAUGAGUGCACAUAAUUGAUCAUUUCUAUAGCAUACAACAAGAUGUAUUUAGAUUGUCUGAUCAUUGUUGUCUUCUGACCAUGGGCUCAACGGUAUAAAACAGGUUCUUCACUUUCUAAAUUCAGGUUGGGCCAGACACCAUUGCGCAUGUGCAGAAUAUUGUGAAUUCAACUGUUCAUUCAUGUGGACUUUGUAGUUUGAUAUAAAUUUAUUUGAAACAUGGAGUCCAUUCCGCUAUGCAUCCAUAUAUUAAAAAUGUGUUUGCCUCGUUCUUAGAGUUUUUUAAAAACAGCUCAACAAGUGUCGCUGCGUUGAUUGGUCACGUGAACUCUGAACUCUGGUGAGCCGACACCGUUCCGGUCCGUUCGACCCUGCUCCUGAAUCACAUCACAGGUCCAUAUGGUGUUCAUGUUGAUCGUGUUGGUGUUGCUGGGCCUUCUCCCGGAUCAGAUCCACAAACUCGUGCUUCUCCAGGCAACCGCGGCACUCCUCUCCCCAGGACGACAGCACUCUCUUCAGCUCGGCCACGCGGAGCGACAGCAGCCCCGCGCUGCUCAGGUCCCACAGCUGCUGCUCUGCAGACGGACGGACCGACAGACAGAAUUACAGUGCACUAGCGACGGGUCAUGGGGAGAGAGGGACAGCGGGCUGUCUUAGCAAGUGUGUCGUGGCGUGGGGAGUCGGCUGAGAGAGAACGGGAGGAGAUCCCAUGGGGGGGAUGGGAGACGUUUACAUUUAGGGCGUUUAGCAGACGCUCUUAUCCAAAUCUACUUGCAAUAAGUACAUUAGUCAGAAAGAGAAACAAUAUAUAUCGCAUCCAUAACCUCAACUUCUACUGAAGACAUGGAAAAACUCCCGUAUAACAUAAAGAGGGAAGAAACCUUAAGAAGAGGGAUCCCUCCAGGGAUGGUUAGGUGCACAACGGCACAAAUAAAAUAGAACAUUAUGUAACACUUAUGAGUUAAGAAAAAAUCCACCAUGACUGAAGGAUAUCUGUUGCUCAACAUUUGCAAGAAUGCCAUGCUGUGAGUUGCGGCGGCUUGCUUC